AUGGCAUGUAAAUUACUAAACUAUGACCAAAUUCUGUCUGGUCCAGCCCUAGUGAGCUACUGCAACUCGAGCAGCCCUACAUCGGAGACGAGCUCCGUCAGCCAGAAGGCGGUGGCGGGUGCGCCACCUUCGUCCCUGAGCCGGUACGAGUCGCAGAAAUGGCGCGACUGGAACAUGUCCGGGCGGUAUCUGAAGAACCACAAGCCGCUGCUGGUGCUGAGCCAUUGUAGCGGGGCCCACAUCCUUGAAUUCCUCCGCUACCUCGACCAGUUCGGCAAGACCAAGGUCCACACCGCCGGCUGCCCCUUCUUCGGCCAUCCUCACCCCCUUCCCCCCCCGCCCUGCCCCUGCCUUCUCCGCCAGGCCUGGGGAAGCCUCGAUGCACUCGUCGGCCUCCUACGCGCCGCCUUCGAGGAGAACGACGGCAGGCCGUAGACCAAUCCCUUCGGCG